AUGGAGAACUUCUCCCUGCUGACGAUCUCAGGGCCUCGACUGCCCAGCUGUGCCAUGAAGAGCGUACGUGAGCUGCCAUCCCCCAGGAGCACACCCAGCCUGCCAGCCUGUGUCCCCAGCGACGGCGAGAGCAGCGAGCCCCUGGGGCACAACUGCACCAUCUACCGGCCCUGGUUCUCCCCCUACAGCUACUUCAUGUGCAUGGACAAAGCCAGCCAGCAGGAGGCCUGCAGCUUCCUGGACACGCUGGUGACCAGCACCAGGGACACCGGCCAGCCCAAGGAGCUCCCGGAGAGCAUAUGCUCCUCCUCCUGCCCCACCGAGGGCACCAGGAGAGCCAGCCCCGGCGUGGAGGCCAGGGACUGCAUCACGUCCCGGGAUAUCCUCAUGGCCUCCAAGUGGCAGCCAGCGCCGCAGAAUGGCUACAAGUGCGUGGCCUGCUGCCGCGUCUUCCCCACCCUGCACUCACUCAAGACCCACGUCAAGUGUGGCUUCAAGGAGGGCUUUAGCUGCCAGGUGUAUUACCACAGGCUCAAAGUGCUGUGGGAGAAGGAGCGCACAGCCCAGCCCAACAAUCGGCCGGCCUUCAGCAGCUGCAAAAUGCGCAAGUGA